UUUUCUGAAUAAGUUUGUCGCUUGCUGACAGUGGCCAUAGCUUUGAUGUAUUGCCAGGAAUUAGAAAUUUAUUUGCACGAGAUUUUAUAAUGAACAGCCUAACACUAGUGACAGGUGUUCUAGUUUUGUUGUUGUUUGUAGCCAUCCAGCUUUGUGCCGCUGUGCAUGCAUGUGAUGUUACAAAACAGUACAUUGUGCAUGACAACUCUGGGAAAUUUGUUUCAUGCUCCCGAUGCACAUCCUGUAGAACAGGCAAAGAGCCUAAGAAGCCUUGUGGUUCAAUCAUUGGCAUUAAUGAGAAAGUUGGACCUUGCAGAUUUUGUAAGCCUGGUAAUUACUCUGACAGAGAUGACACAAGCCCAUGUAAGCCUUGCGAGAGUGAAACAUGUUUUGAACAUCAGAUAAUUGAGGGGACAUGUACUAUCAAGAGGGAUACAUCUCAUUGUGUUGACAAAUGUGAAAAGGGAUAUAUUAUGAACACUAAAAAAACUGCUUGUGAUGUAGAUGUACCUCAUGUAAUUACAACAAAAGAUCCCACAGUUGACACUGGAACAAAUGCUGCAAGUGAGCUUUCAACAAAACAUGCAACCAUUAUGUCAACAGUGACACCUGGCUCCAAAACAGAGAAAGGCACUGGGCUGGAUACUAUUGUGAUUGUUUUAAUUCUCUUUGCUUUCCUUGUCUUUGCUUUUAUUGUUGGCUUUGGAAUAUUUUUGUACUGGAGAUACACAAAAACCCUUGAAACAACACCAGCGAAAGAUGACAUUAAAAAAGAAACUGAUGGAGAAUUAUUUGAAGAUAAUAUUCAGCAAGCGUUCUUAGAAAUGCAUUCUUCAAGUGAAGAUAGCCUAGUACCUCAAAACUCAGCCAUCCUGGAUGAUAGUAACAUCCUGGAUGAUAGUAACACCAACCGGGCCCUGAUGGCUACACCACCUCCAAGAGAUCACUUAAGUUAUGGAAUGCCAGCUGUUGUGCUUUUGCCAACUGUCUGUCAAGAUGUAGUCCCAGUCCCAUCAUUGAGGUAUUUUAAUGACAAAGAUUCAACAAGGAUAAAUAAUGGAAUUCCUGCCACAUUGUAUUUACACAUUUGUGCCACAUUUGAUGGUGGUCCAGAUGGUAAAAAUUGGAGGGCCUUGGCUGGAUGGUUAAACUUUACUGUAAAUGAUAUUAUUUAUCUGGAAAGAUUAAAGGAGAACCAGACACACGCUAUAAUUCAAAACUGGGGGACUGAAGUUGGAAAUGAUAUUAAGAAGUUUGUACACAUUUUAGAAGCAAAAAAAAUGACGUAUCUUGCUCAGGAGAUCAGUAAUGCAUAUGAAAACCACUGCAAACAUGUCAAUGAAGAUAAUAGAUAGAACUGUAUGUAGAUCAUCAUUGAUCAACUCCUUCCAGAGACAGAGAUGGUGAGAUGUUUUAAUUUCACCCUAAGAAAAUUUGUCAUAUAAACAAAAAUAUGUUUUGAAUUGGAACAAUUUUAUUGAACUAAGUGACUCUUACCAAACAUGUCCAGGUGACUCUGUUCUUAUUAGCCUAGCUCUUAGAUUUUAUUUGCUUACGUUUUUUAUUCUGGAUUUUUUACCAUUACUCUGUAUACUAACAAUAAUAUGACAAUGUGUCAUGAUUGUGUAAACUGUGCAGUCAAUUGUCAAAAUUUUGAACUAUUAUAUUGUACAUUGAAAAGUC